GGUCGCGGCUGGCGCGCGGGCUGGCGGGCCCGGAGGCUACGGGCGGCCGGCGCAGCAGCCCAGCCCGACAGCCGCGCCCGCAGCGCCGAGGAGCGGCCGGGCAGCGCCGCCGCCAUGUCGCUGGGCACCGCGGAGCCGGCCUCGGAGACGGGAGAUGACGGUCUAUCUGCAAUUACCUUUGACUCUGACUUUGAGACGAAAGCAAAAAGGAAAAGUUUCCACAAACCUCCACCCACAUCACCGAAGUCACCUUAUUACUCUAAGCCGAGAAAAGUGGCGUCCUGGAGAUCUUUGAGGACAGUAGCAAGCAUGCCUCUUGGUAACAGAAUGUCCUUAACCCCACAGAAGCUGUGGCUGGGAAGCUCAAAUCAAGGAAGUCUGACCCAACCCCUGAAGUCAGACCUGACCUUGGAGCAUGCACGGACCAACCCCCCCAGCAGCACGCCCGACUAUCUGACAGAAGCUUUAAGAAUGAAGAGGUCACAUCUCAGGCGUUCUGCCAGCAAUGGUCAUGUUCCCGGGACCCUGGUCUACAGAGAGAAGGAAGACAUGUAUGAUGAGAUCAUUGAGCUGAAGAAGUCAUUGCACAUGCAGAAAAGUGAUGUGGAUCUCAUGAGAACAAAGCUUCGGCGCCUAGAAGAGGAAAAUAGCAGAAAGGACCGGCAGAUAGAGCAGCUGUUGGACCCAUCCCGAGGCCCGGAUUUUGUUCGGACUCUGGCAGAGAAAAGGCCUGAUGCCGGCUGGGUUGUUAACGGGCUGAAGCAGAGGAUCCUCAAGCUGGAGCAGCAGUGCAAGGAGAAAGACAACGUGAUUAACAAACUGCAGACUGAUAUGAAGACCACUAAUUUGGAAGAGAUGAGGAUUGCCGUGGAGACUUACUAUGAGGAGAUUCAUCGUCUCCAGACUCUCUUGGCAAGCUCUGAAACUGCAGGAAAGAGGACUCCAGGGGAGAAGAAAAUGGGCCUCAAAAGGCAGAAAAAAGUGAGCAGUGCCCUCCUGAGUUUGUCCCGGAGCGUCCAGGAGCUCACGGAAGAGAACCAGAGCCUGAAGGAAGAUCUGGACCGCGUGCUGAGCAACUCCCCCACCGUCUCCACCAUGAAGGGUUACGUGGAAUGGAGUAAGCCCCGGUUGCUUAGACGGAUCGCAGAGCUGGAAAAAAAAAUAAGUUCGAUGGAAAGCCCCAAAUUACACGCUUCAGAAGUGGUCAAGUCAAACGCCGUGGUGCGCUCUGCGUCCAGCUCCACUGUGCCCAGGCAGCCGGGAGGCGACCGGCAGGAUGACAGCGAGCGUCUCCGGGGGGCUGUGCAGAGCCUGAAAGGCGAGCGGAACGCCCUGCAGAUGCAGCUGCAGGAGAAAGAGUUGGAGGUCAAGCAGCUGCUACAGACCAACGCUGACCUGCAGCAGGAGCUGGAGCACGUGAAGGGAGGCGAGGAGGAGAGGCGAGGGACAGAGGAGGCUCUGAGAGAGGAAAUUCAAACCCUUACGAAGAAGUGUCAAGAACUGGAGGAAAUCAGGAGACAAGAGAGAGACGAUCCCGUGGAGAGGAGUCUUGAGACCCCAGAAGAACCCCGACCUUCCCUUCCCACCAGCAGGCCCUCUCAGCAGGACUGUGAGCCAGAUCCAAGCAAGGAGGGCUCCCGGCCCCCCUCUGCCUGCUCCGAGGGGCGAAGGGACACGGCGGCCAGGAUCCUGCAGACCCGGUGGAAGGUGUACCGACGUCAGAAAAAAAAGGCUGUUCUGACUGAGGCGGCUACGGUACUCCAGGCAGCUUUCAGGGGGCACCUAACACGGGUGAAGCUACUGCCGAGCCAGGCGUGUGCCUCAGAAGCCCCCGGCUCGCCCAGCCCGCCCGGCCAGGACCCGCCACCACGCCUUCCGAGCCCUGCCGUCCAGGCUGAGGACGACCCAGGGCAGGAGGCCAUCACCACCGUGCAGUCUGUCCUCCGGGCGCACCUGGCACGGGUCAGGCACAGUGCCUCUGGUCAGAGAACCACCACUGCAGCUUCUAGGAGGAGGAGACCCACUCUGGCCACCCCCUGCCAGUCACCUGCUGUGCCCUGCCCUGCUUCUCCUGGUCAGGAGGGCAGCGACACGAGCAGCGGGGAGACUGUGGACGGGCUGGCGGCCAAGGACAAGGCGCCGGGGCUGUGGGGACCGGGGAAGCCAGCAGCCCUGCAGCCCGGCUCUGCCUCACGGAGCUUGCAAACUGUGAACUUUGGUAUUUGUUCCAUAAACUCCAUGUACAGAGUUCAAGGAGCAAACGGCUGGCUUCUCCCUCAGGACCGCACCCUCAGCCACAGCCCGCGGAGCCUCCGCCUACGGAUGACGGCAGCUCGGACGACUCGGAUGAGAUUGUCGUUGCUCUGGCACUGCCCUCGAGGAAGGCGUCCCCGCCGUAGGCCCUGGGCCCUCCCGCAGUGCCGGCUCUGCCGCGGAGCUCAGGCACGCUCUAGAGGACAUAGUGACCAGAAUCAGAAAGUAGUUUAUCUCGUUAGGAAAGAACUACCUACUCCACAGCUCAGCGCUCUUGUUGGCUUUUCUCUUUGGUUUGGUUUUGCCGCUUGUCUGGCUGUUCGUGUAGGAAUCCUGAAGCCGUUGCUUCAUCUCUGCACUGGUUUUCAGGGUCAGCUGGACAGACGCAUGUGCCCGGGAUGGGGGCAGCCGCGAGCCCUGCAAACACACGCUCCAGGUAGCAGCUUCCUGGCCACCGUUGGCCUCGAGCCGGGAAGAGCUGCUCUGUCUGGAGCCACCCAACAGCAUCUCGUUCUCCCCACCAACAUCUCCGGCACCGUGUGCUCCGACCUCCACCCAGUAAGUAGGUCAAGCUGGACACGCUGGGGCCGUGCCUUCCGGAAGAGAGGGACGUGACAGGCUUGCGUGGGGCAGGCUCUCCCCACCCCCAUGACGGGACACGAAGAUGUCAGGGCCCCAAGGUGGGCUCGGGCUCCUUGGGCUGCUCCUUCCUGCACUUCUCCGCACAGACCUUCACCUGUCACCGUCCCCACCUCCCCGGGGCACUGUCCUCAAGAGCUGCCGUGCCCAGGAAGCAGUCUCGUGGGAUUUUGUCACUGGGCAGAUUAAGCCUUAAAAAAAUACCAAACUCUAAUUAAGAAGCAGCAUCAGGUUUGCUUUUGAGACCGGCAGGGGGGCAGGCUGUCCCCAGGCCCCGAGGAAGGGGCAGCGGGCAGCCCACAGGCCCUUGCUGCAUUCCCGCCCCGGCUCCGCGGCCCGGCCUCCGCCGCACAGAGCUCCACUCCAGAGCUGAGUCUCAGCCUUUGUUUGCGAGAUUAGCCCUUGCUGAUGGUAACAUGGAAAGCCUCCGGCUUGGGUGGCAUUUCCAGGGCCUCUAGAGCCCAUGUCCCCCGGGUCGUGUGUCUGACGUUAGAAAGCUUGCUCUUGCUGGGACUGAGCGUGCCCACUGGAGCCCUUCCGAGGUCGCAGCUUGGGAAGCACGACGUCCUUCUUGGGGAAGCUCGGGCUGUCCUCUCGGUGGUCAGGCAGCUUCUGGUUCCAGCACCAGCUAGGUGUGUGGCAGGGGGCACUCUGCAUCGCCGCUCCCCCCCCCGACACCCCGGGUGGGUGAGGGUCUCUCCAGCCCAGCCUGGCCCCCUGGAGUCACCGGGGCCCGCCCAGCUAGGUUCUGUUCACACAGCGGGUCAAGAAAACUUCAGCCAGGACGCUUGCUCGUUUAGCUUUUCUUCUUCCUUUGGUCUGUGGGCUGCUCCGUCAAUUCUCUUUUCUUUUUCUCCCACUGGACUGAUUGGUAACUUGAUUGAAUUCGUUGCUGGCCCUGGCUUGUGUCGUCUGUGGGGCCUGCUCCCCAGUGACCGGACCACCCUUCGCUUGGGUGCUGGGCUCGGAGCUCAGGGUCUGUAGGGGCCGGGUGAGCACCAGGGGCUGAUGAAGGCGGAUCCGCAGCCUGUGCGCUCCCACAACGCAUCUCCUCCUGCCCCUCACUCAAACUACGGGCAUUCUUGCCCACUCUUCGCUCUGAGGAGCGGGUGGCCUUGGGGGCUCAGGUCGUAGGGACAUCCCUGCCUCAGGCCUGGAGAACAAGGCCCGCUUGGGCGAAGGGCAGGGGGAGCCCCACGCGGCAUCCGGGCUGGCGUGUGCACCGUGACCAGAGUGGCCUGGCAUCAGGCAGGGCUGAGAAGGCAAAGUCAGUCCGUGCACUUGGGGUUUUCCAAGGAAACGCCCCGAGAAUUGUAAAUAUGUACACUUGGCUGUGCACCUUUGGUGCUAUGUUGUUGAUCUAUUAAAAGCAAGCAGUCUCAAAGCUGCUUGGUCACCGAGGCACCUCCA